UCCCGCCGUACUGUCCUCUCCGUAUAAUUAAAACCCAAAUAAAAUAAAUUGCACAUGAAAAUUCCUAAAAAUAAUAAUAAUUCCCGUGUAAAUUCUUCUUUAAACAUUAUAAAAAACAAAUUUAAGUGUAAUAAUUAUUUAUAGUAUCCUGUAAAGCUUAUCGAUAUCAGUGAGUGCUCUGCGCAACCGGCCAAUAGUGUCAGCGGGGAAGUGCGAGGGACAGCCAUGACAGUAGUGGUAUUUUCAGUAAACUCAUUGGUGUGUGCUCCUUUAAAAUAAUAAAAACUUGAGCCCUUGGGCAUUUAAAAUCAUCAUUUUAUUUGGAUGAAAAAUGACGAGUAUCAAAAAAGAUUUAUGCAGGGUCUUUAUUGAACAAAGAUGAACAGCGAACAGCAUGCAUUGCCAGCGACCACGCAGGCACAGCAAGAGGAAGUAAACGCGGGUCAAAGCAGUCGCCCUUCUUAUCCGGGUGGCUUGGCUGCCGCCACGAGUGUCGGGAAUGUAGGGAGUACAGUCCCGCAUUCGUCAGCGGACCUGCGUGUAGGUACAGCUGUAGCGUUAGCUGCCUCCUCGCUAUCUUCUCCGGCAAAGUUCUGGCUCCUGAAUCUGUUUCCUCCUGGAUCGCUGCCCCAGGUCUCGGUGUACCAUCACCACCACAACUCCACUCACAGGGGAGCCAGCGGAGCCGUAGGACCUGGUCCUCCUGGAACGGGAAACGGCUCCGGGCCAGCAGCAAAAGAAGGAACUUUGUCCCAGGAAAUGGCACUGGCUACCAAUGCCCACCACCAGACGUCUCAUCAUCAUCACUCACCUGGAGUGGCUCCUGGUCACCACUCUUCCCUGCAGUCUAACGCCCAGAUUCCAGUUCCUCUUCCUGGUCUCAACUUAGACGGUUCGCACAUCCCGAGUCACCUCCAAGCGGCUCACGCCCAGAUGCAACAGCAAAUGCAAUCCCAGCAGCAGCAACAGUUGCAUCAGUCCCAACAACAGCAGUCCCAUCAUCAAAUGCAGAAUCACCAGGCCAACACUGGACAGAACUCUCAGAAUCAGUCGGCCCAGCGUGAUGACAAAAUCAAGGACGAGGGCGGCAGUUGUACCACCGAGCGUUGCAGCGAUAGCCAAGUACACUGUCAGGUACAAUGUGAUCUUCAACUUCAGCAACCGCAAGACUUACAACAGAGUAUGAUGCAGCAGCAGCAGCAGCAACAACAGCAGCAGCAGCAGCAACAACAACAACAACAACAACAGCAACAACAACAACAGCAACAACAACAACAACAACAGCAGCAGCAACAACAGCAGCAGCAACAGAUUGGAGUUAAUAUCAGUGGGAAUCCCGGGACGGAUAGCGGUAAUCAAAAUAAUGCGGAGAAACCAGAGAAGGAAAAAGAAUUGCGACAACUUAAUAUGACACAGUUUCAAGUACCAGAUUUAAAAGCUGGAAGCCAUAUGAUGGAUGUUAGAACGGCAGAUGGAUCAUUAGUCAAAAUAAGUGCGGGUAAUGAGCAAGACCUUGCUAAAACUCUUAAUGUUGAGAUGGUACAAAAUAUGUACAAGGUUAAUGUCGAAGACAUUAAUCAACUGCUGGCCUAUCACGAAGUGUUCGGUAAGCUCCAGAGUGAAAUAGCUGCCGGAACAACUCUAGUCGGCGGUACAGUGCCGACCCAAACUGUUACCACUAUCCAGAAUGGUACACCGCUGGCACAACAAGUGCAAUUGAAUAAAUUUGACAUUACCAAGAGCGAUGGGGAGGCAACACCUGGACCCAGCGCCUCCCCAGUCUCCGUGGGCAGCCACGCGUGCGAGGUCUGCGGGAAGAUCUUCCAAUUUCGCUAUCAGCUGAUAGUUCACCGUCGUUACCACACCGAAAGAAAACCGUUCACGUGUCAAGUUUGUGGCAAAGCAUUUUCAAACGCAAACGACUUGACUCGUCACGGCAAGUGCCAUCUUGGAGGCUCUAUGUUUACCUGUGCCGUUUGCUUCCAUGUUUUCGCGAACGCGCCGUCUCUCGAACGACAUAUGAAACGCCACGCUACUGAUAAGCCCUACAAUUGUACUGUUUGCGGAAAGAGUUUCGCUAGGAAAGAGCAUCUGGAUAAUCAUACCCGUUGUCAUACUGGUGAAACACCUUACAGAUGUCAAUACUGCGCAAAGACUUUCACACGCAAGGAACACAUGGUAAACCACGUGAGAAAACACACCGGUGAAACGCCUCAUCGCUGUGACAUCUGCAAGAAGAGCUUCACCCGCAAAGAACAUUUUAUGAACCACGUAAUGUGGCACACUGGCGAGACACCUCAUCAUUGCCAGGUUUGCGGGAAAAAGUACACGCGCAAAGAGCACUUGGCAAAUCACAUGCGUUCUCACACCAAUGAUACGCCUUUCCGCUGCGAAAUUUGCGGCAAGUCGUUUACAAGAAAGGAGCACUUCACGAACCACAUAAUGUGGCACACGGGUGAGACACCCCAUCGCUGUGACUUUUGUUCGAAGACAUUUACCCGGAAAGAGCAUCUAUUGAACCAUGUACGUCAACACACGGGUGAGUCUCCUCAUAGAUGUGGCUUCUGCUCUAAAUCAUUCACCAGAAAGGAACAUCUUGUUAAUCAUAUUCGUCAACAUACUGGUGAAACUCCAUUCCGUUGCCAGUACUGUCCAAAAGCAUUCACACGUAAAGACCACCUGGUGAAUCACGUGAGACAGCACACGGGUGAGUCACCGCACAAGUGCCAGUAUUGCACGAAAUCCUUCACGCGCAAGGAGCAUUUGACAAAUCACGUACGUCAACAUACAGGCGAGUCGCCCCAUCGUUGUCACUUCUGCUCAAAGUCAUUCACACGCAAAGAGCAUUUGACGAAUCACGUCAGAAUCCACACCGGUGAGUCUCCGCACAGAUGCGAAUUUUGCCAGAGAACAUUUACGAGAAAAGAACAUCUCAAUAAUCAUCUACGACAACAUACUGGAGAUUCGUCUCAUUGCUGCAAUGUCUGCUCUAAGCCGUUUACCCGAAAGGAACAUUUGGUAAAUCACAUGCGUUGUCAUACCGGCGAAAGGCCAUUCGUUUGUACCGAAUGCGGUAAAAGCUUCCCUCUGAAAGGCAACCUGCUCUUCCACAUGCGUUCUCACAACAAAGGCAGCAAUGCUGAGCGGCCUUUCCGCUGCGAUCUCUGUCCGAAAGAUUUCAUGUGCAAGGGCCACUUGGUGUCUCACCGACGCUCCCACUCGGAUGAGCGACCCCACAGCUGUCCCGACUGCGGGAAGACUUUCGUCGAGAAGGGCAACAUGCUGAGACACUUGCGGAAGCACGCCGCCGAGGGUCCGCCGACCCAAGUCACCACACCGUCAGCGAUCCCGCAGCCCGGGGUCUUGCCAAUUCCUACAGCCGCGGCCGUUCUCGUCGGCCAUCCUCUGGCUCCACCCGCGCCUCCAGUCGUUCCACAACACACCGUUGUUGUUCCUACCCCUCCGGGUGUGCUUACUUCUUAUUGAAUGGACCAAACGGCGAACAAUGAUAAGCCAAUCGGAUUAACCAUGACGAAUUUAACAGAGAAUAAUGAUAAUACUACUACUACUAGUACUACUACUACUACUAAUAAUAAUAACAAUAAUAUUAAUGAUAAUAAUGAUAAUGCAAAUAUUAACAGUGAUUAUUCUCUCGAAAAAUUUGUUAAUAAUUUUAUGAUUUAUCAGCACAUCAGUUGAUAGGUAUUUAAUAUGUCUAUUAAUUUAAUUAAUUAAUUAAUUAAUUAAUUAAUUAAAAUUUUAAAAGUGUUUGUGACGGCUAAUUAUCGCGAUUGUUA